AUGGGUUUAAAAAAGCUAUUUAGGCCUCCUAAGGAUAUGACCAGGGAACAGGAGCAAGAAUAUUUACAGAAUAAUGGUGUCAUGAUAAAGAAUGAGAGUAAUUAUCAUAGGAGGAAAUUUAAAUUUGGAGAGUUUGCAAAGUUUACUAAGGAAAAGGCACAAGAUAUUGAGCCUUUAAAACCUCGGGAUAGAAGUAGAGAUGCGCGUGAGCAAGCAGCACGUGAUGAUGGUUAUGGUGGGGGCACUUACUCGGCUCCUUCCACAUCUUAUCGGCAGAGAAAUACGUAUACCGAUGGACAUGCCACUCAAUCUGCCCCAACUUCUAAGGAAAACGGUUAUGGAACGAGUUCUUCUGGAUCCGGAUCUGGUUCCUAUCAACCUGUUUCUCAGUCAAGCUAUGGUUUGUAUGCUGAAGGAAAGUCUGGACAGACAUAUGAUCCUUAUGCUCAACAGAACCAACAUAAAGAUAGCAAUUCUGGAGUUGAUGCAGCUGGAGUUGUUGGAGGUGUGACUUCGUUACAGGUUCAAAAGCAAGCGGAGCAACAGCAACAGGAGCAGCAUUAUGAUCCAUAUGCCCAAGAAGCAGAAACUCAAACUAUAGAGACGGAUUUCAAUAGAUAUCCGAACGCAGGCCAGGGUCAAGGUCAGGACCAGUACUAUAAUCCGGCAUUAGAACCACAGCAAGAGCAGGAAGAGGAACAGGAAGUUGACUUGGAAGAAGAGGAAGUCAAUAGAAUAAUGAGACAGACCAAAGAUGUACGUGAAGCGACAGUUAAAUCGUCAGGCAACAUUCUUCGUAACUUGAAGGAGGCAGACGAUAGUGCUACAAACACCAUGGGAACAUUGGGAGCACAACAUGAGAAAAUGUAUGAGAUGGAAAAGAACAUGAACUUGAUGGAUACGCAGCAAAGAUUUCUUCAGGAUCAUGUGAAAGAAUUGGAGCAUUAUAACCGAGGAUUGUUCCACAUUAAGGCGGGAAAUCCGUUUACUAGAAAGUCGAGGAAGAAAGCCGCUGAGAAGAGGUUCUUAAUGGAUCGUCAAGCGGAUCGUCAAAGAGAAUCUCAACUAAAUGGAAAGUUAUACAGUUCUCAGCAAGCUAUUAUAGGCCAGAUGAAAGAUGACGACGGUCGUGACGCAGAGGUGGUUGACUCGGAUCUAAAGACUAGGGAAGACUAUCAGAGAAGAGUGCAGGCAGCAUCGAAAUAUUUAACAGAAGAGCAUGACGAAGAGGAUGAGAAGAUGGAGGUGGAGUUUGGCAGAAAUAUGGAUGAAGCCCAGAAAAUGGCCAAGAAUCUACACUCCAAAGCUAAUGUGAUUGCUCAGGAGAUCUCAUCUCAAAACAAGGGCCUCCAGGAAAUCAGCGAGAAGGUGAACCGCGUGGACGAUAAAAUGGUCGUCACGACGAAUAGAAUCCGGGGGAUCUAG